GGGUUCUGGAUCAGUGUGAAAAAUAAAAAUUAGAUAUCAUAUGAUUAAAAACAGAGGUAGGUCCAGAAAAUUUUAGAAUUUUUUUUUAAAAAAUGAAUGUGUUUGUGUGUGUAUAGUAAAUGAUGCAUCUGCUGCCUUUAAAUCGUGGAUUAGCAUUUGAUUGGAAGAACAAUAAUUCAAAGGAAUGUAUACUAUAUUCAUCGAGGUGGAUGUAUGUGUUGAUUGCUAUGAUUACUUUGGAUCCUAUGUGAAAAUAGGACAACAAAUUGGUAUUUUGUUCUUUUCAGUCUGCCUUUUAUACUGAGCAACUAGACAGAAAUGAAUUUAUAUUGCUACUCAUGGACUGAAUCUCCAAAACAAAAAUUUGAGGCAAUCCGGACUUUAUAAUGAAAUUGCUGCUCAGGUUGAAGAUGUCUUAUAGAAGAUCAGGGAAAAGUGGGAGCACUGAUUCGGAGUUGGAAGAGUUGAAGUAUAAAUACUACAAAGAUUUAAGAGAUGAAAGAGUCAAAAUUAGACGUUCUGGGAAGUAUUUCAAAUGCCCAUACUGUCAGGAUUCAAGUAAAGAGUAUGAUUCACAAGAGCUUCUACGGCAUUCUUCCCGCAUUGGUAGAGAUUCAAGGAGUACUAGUUUUAGAGACAAGGCUAGACAUUUGGGAUUGUUUAAGUACUUGGAUAGGUACAUAGAUGCAGACAAGAACACAUCUGAAUCAAGUCAGAGAAGAUGUUCUGAGCUAUCAUGGAAGAUUUCUCAAGAUGCUAAGAGUAAUCCAGUUGAGCCACCUCAGAUCACUGAGAAGUCUGAAGGCGGAGGAAAAUUUAAUCUGUCUUCUGCUAGGACCAUUGAAGCAGUGGAUAGACCUGUUGAUGGUCCUGAAGAGCCCCUGAAAAUGGGAAAACUAAAUGCGGAGAACAGAGUGGUAUCCAAACCUCCUCCCAGAAGUACCAAAGAUGGCCUGCAACCCCAACCUCUCCUAGCAGCUAGUAGGCCAGAAAUCAGCAAUGCCAAGGAUGAUCCAAUAGUUUUUCCUUGGAUGGGAAUAGUAGCCAAUAUCCCAGUUGAAUAUAAGGGAGGGAGGUAUGUAGGUAACAGUGGAACAAAUCUAAAAAAGGAAUGGAUUGAGAAAGGGUUUAAUCCACUGAAGGUUCAUCCUUUGUGGAACUACCGGGGUCACACCGGAUAUGCCAUAGUUGAAUUUAAAGGGGAUUGGUCUGGAUUCAUGAAUGCUAUAGCGUUCGAAAAAGCAUUUGAAUUAGAUAAACAUGGGAAGAGAGACUGGAAUUCAGUAAGAUGUCGAGAUGAUAAAUUGUAUGCUUGGAUUGCACGUGAUGAAGAUUACAAUGCUGAGUCUUUCAUUGGUAAUUAUCUCCGUAAAAAUGGAGAUCUUAAGUCAGUUUCUGGAAUACAAGAAGAGAACAAGAGGAAAGAUUCAAGGCUACUAUGCAACUUGACCAAUGAGUUAGAGAUGAAGAACAAUGAAUGUGAAGAGAUGAAGAAGAAAAUAAGCAGAGCAGAGGGUUUUAUGGCUAAUGUGGUGAGUCGAAAGGAGGAGAUGGUCCAAAACUACAAUGACGAGAUGGAGAUGAUGCGGGAUAAAGCAUUCAAUCAGCUCCAUGAUUUCAUACGUGAGCAUGAGAAAAGCAAAAUGCAACUUGAAGCUCAAAAAAAACAAUUGAUGCUACAAGAACAAGAAUUGAGAAAACGCGAAGCACUUAAUAAGAGUGAGAAAAGAAAGCUUGACCUCCAGAAAGAGAUGAAUGAAAGGGCAAUUUUGGAGCAGAGAAAUGCAGAUGAGAAAAUGCUGCAAUUGGCUGAAGAUCAUAAGAGAGUAAAGGAACAACUUCAUAAAAGAAUAAUUGAACUUGAAGCGAACCUUGAUCAGAAGCAAGCGCUACAGUUGCAGAUUGAGCGCUUGAGGGGUUCCGUGGAAGUGAUGAGACUCAUGAAUGAGGAAGGAGAUCUCGAAGCUAAGAAGAAACUGCAGUCAAUUCAAGAAGAGAUCAAGGAGAGUGAAGAAGAACUUGAUAGCUUGGAAACACUGAAUCAAACUCUAAUUAUAAAGGAAAGACUUACAAAUGACGAAGUGCAGGAAGCCCGUAAAGAACUAAUCAAUGGUUUAAGGGAGAGCGGUGCUUUUAUCUGUGUCAAGAGAAUGGGGGAACUUGAUGAGAAGCCAUUCCAUGCUGCUGCCAAAAAAAAAUUUAAUUCUGAAGAAGCAGCAGAGAAAGCAUUGGCAGUAUGUUCGUUGUGGGAGGACUACCUGAGGGAUCCAAACUGGCAUCCGUAUAAGAUUAUCCAAAAGGGUCAAACCGCUGAGGAAAUAAUUGAUGAAAAUGAUGAGAAAUUGAAGGAACUGAAGGCCGAAUGUGGUGAUGAAGUGUAUCAAGCUGUGGUAACUGCGUUAAAUGAGUUGAAUGUGCAUAACCCCAGUGGCAGGUAUCCAGUACCUCAGUUGUGGAAUAACAAGGAAAAAAGAAUUGCAUCAUUGAACGAAGGAGUUGCAUUCAUUUUGAAACAGUGGAAGUUGCAUAGGAAGAAAACAAGAUAAAGCAUUUGACUAAACUUUGAAGGGAAAGAAGUAGUUGUGGAAUUUCACUGGGUUGUUGUUGUUGUUGUUGAGGGGAAAGAAGUAGGGAGAAUUGAUUGUCAUCACAUGAUUAAUUCUAGUAGGCAAGCUCAACUAUAUUCAAGUCUGCAAAAACUUCAUUAGUUUUAUUAUGCCACCCUUCAUUUUGCUCUAAAUUUCAGAUGAGACAGUUUGUUCUUUA